UUUUGACACACACUUCUUGCCUGCUGGCAUGAAAUCGACAACCAGAGCCCGCCGCAGGUUUCUUUGAUUUUAGUGCUCUUCUUCUACCGCUCGUUACUCUUUCGUUUCAGCACUCUCGUUUGUUCUGUUGGUAGACGCAGCUAUACAACCGCGCGCGAGGGCGCGUCGCUCUUCGCGCCGGUCCACUGACUUUACGGCCUUGUGAUCGAUGCUCGAUUAGUCUGGUUGCAUACAGCAAGCUUUUGCCGUAGCUACUUCUUAGUCUCUGCCCUCGCGUAUUUUGAGCGUAUCGAGGAUCACGACAUGGAGCCCUCGAGCUCGCGCGAGCCACCAUGGGCAGAGCAUGAAAAGGUAUAUUUACUUGCUGAAGUACUAAAAGCGGCCCCCGUACCAUCUCACGUUCUCUUUCAAUUUAUACGCGACGCCAACAUCCAGCCACGAUGGAACGACAUGGCUUUACCUCCUGGCCGAUCGGUUCGCUCUAGCCAGAUGGCAUUUGACAGUCUCGCAACCAACUUCGUCGCGCCUGGACAAGAUUACCGACGCCCCCAGCUACCUGCCCCAAUGGUAUAUCCUGCGCCCGAUCUCUCGAGAAAACGACCCCAUCAGCAAGAAGCCUCCACGCCUAUUGGCCGCCUACUACAACCUCGACCCCCUCAUUCCUACCCUGGAGAUUUUAUGCCUGCCGGCCCUACCUACACAUCUACUAUAAACCCAUCUGGCGAACCAGCGAACAAAAAGAAGCGCGGAAGACCUACAAAAGCGGAGGCGCAACAGAGAGCGCAAGAGGCUGCUGCGAGGGGUGAGGUGUACCCACCACCAAGGAGGGGGAGACAAUCCAUCACGGCACCACCUGAACCGUCACCACUCGGACCGGAUCCUCGGCCGCACGAUCGAACACCUCCGCCAUCAGCGCCUUCACAACUGGCUCCCGCAAUGACACCACAACAACAAAUCGGGGUAGAACACGGGUCAGAGUCCUCAUCAGGGAAGAGAAGACGAACAAGGCCAACACCAUUGGAAUUAGAGAAGCAUCGCGCAACCAGCGAAAUGGAAUCCCCCCUCGCAUAUGGGUCUGGCGACCCGAAUCGCAGCCAGGCAUACUCAACAUACACGCCCAUCUCUGCGCCCUUGCCAACUUCAUCAGAAUCCAGGGACAGAGAUGUGCGCAUGGAAGGGGUCGAAGAGACUCAACCACGAACUACGACACCUCACUCGUUUAAAGACACGGUCGGCAUAUGAAAGCGUUUCUUUCGUCCAAAAGCAACAUACGGCGGUAAUCCUGUUUUGAAAGCGUUCCGUCAACGACUUUACUUACGCACUCACGA